UUUGAUUGUUUUAACAGCUUUCUUAUUGGAAGAAUGUAGAACGUCUUAAUGUACUGCUCGAACUCCUUAUAGAAAACAUGGAAGUGUGUUUUUUUAUUUGUGAAUUUACAUUAAUAUGAAAUGUGUCCAUUAGCACAAUUAGAUUGAAGAGGUAAAACAUUAUUCUUUCUCCUUAUUAUAGUUAAGGAAACCGAGCAGAGGGGCAGAACCUUGCCAAAACUCCUCCAGUAUGACGUAUUAUUCCUGCGACUACCACCCCGAAGCAACAUGGAAGCCCACAGCGGUGACAAGCGUGGUCUUGAACAUUUAGACGAAUAUGAACCCAAACCAGCAAAACAUAUGCGUAGCCUGCACGAUCGCAUGGCGGAAAGGCGACUAGUAGUUAUUUUAGAGGGGGCAACGCUGGAAACAGUGAAGGUUGGCAAGACAUUUGAGCUGCUAAACUGUGACCAACACAAGGGCAUGAUAAUUAAAAGUGGACGGGACCCUGGGAAGAUUCGACCUGACAUUACACAUCAGUGUUUGUUGAUGCUGAUGGACAGUCCAUUGAACAGGGCAGGCCUCCUGCAGGUUUACAUCCACACAGAAAGGAACGCCCUGAUUGAGAUCAACCCACAGACACGCAUCCCCCGAACCUUCAACCGCUUCUGUGGCCUCAUGGUCCAGCUCCUGCACAAGCUGAGUGUGAGGGCGGCUGACGGCCCCCAGCGCCUGCUGAAGCUCAUCAAAAACCCUGUGUCAGACCACCUGCCCCCUGGCUGCCCCCGUAUCUGUACCUCCUUCUCCUCUGGGGAGGCAGUGGGCGCCCGCACCGUGGUACCAGAGGAGGGGCCCGCCGCUGUGGUGGUCGGAGCGUUCGCACACGGAGCGGUGAAUGUGGACUAUACAGAGAAGACUGUGUCCAUCAGUAACUACCCUCUCUCUGCUGCCCUCACCUGUGCCAAGAUGUGCUCUGCCUUUGAGGAGGUCUGGGGCGUGUUGUGAUGAAGUUGACAGCGCACUGCUGCUCCAGCUAAAACUGUUGUCAUCAUGGACAUUGUCGUACAUGGACUAGAAAUGGAUCGGACAGUCAUGUUCAGUCAAUAAACAUUGUACAGAAACAGUCCAAUUCACCAAUGACCUAUUGUGGAUUUGUACGAUACUAUGGGUGUAUGUAUUGUCUAAAAUAUGGUAUUUUACAUGUUUCAACUAAGGCAAAGUUUCAAUAUGAAAUUAAUACUGUUAAUACACCAUCUGUAAGGACUUGGCACCAAAUAUAGUCUUCCUACUUUUCUUGUAUUUGUUUUGCUUUUUUACAUGUAUUCAGUGCACCAUUGUUCGCAUGGUUAUACAGUGGAAAUAAACGGUAUAGUUUGUCCUCA